AUGGGGAGAAUCUUAGUCCAGCACGGCGGGGAGGAGGACGCCAGGAUCCUGCCAUUGUAUCAAAAGUAUAUGCGCCAGCAUGUCUUGACCCAAGGGGCUACAGCGGGUCAGAAGCGCGAGCUCCUCACCUUGGCAGCCGUAGCAGACCGAUUGAUCGUCAGGGAUAUUCAUGGGAGCCUAGACGUGGUGACUCAGAGAAUCAAAGCUAUCGAAAUGGUGGUAGGCGGCGCCACGUGGCCCGUAGCACAGAAUUUGGAGCUCAUCCCCAUGGAUCAGGAGGAAUUGGCCGGAGUAGCAGAGGCUCAAGGGGCCGUGAGAGAAUAUCGGCAAGAAACCAAAGCCAAGAGAGACAUGGGGAAAGGCAAAGGCUGGUGGGAGCGCGAAGGCAAAGGAAAGUGGACAGAGAAAGGCAAGAAGGGCGACGGCAAGAAAGGGGCAGGGAAGUGGGAUCGACCGUUGAGCUCGGGCCUGCCAGAGGCUGCCAACUUGUUGCCGGCAGGAGCCUUGGGUGAAGUACUUUUGAGGUCUGUUCUGGGCAGUGCAAGUUGUGGGUUCUCAGAGCUUGUGAUUCUAUCUUGCGGAGCAGAGGAGGAGAAGACGGCAGAGGGAAAAGACCAGAGGAAGAGAGACCUUUUCCCUUUGCCCCUGCCCGGAAAGCACAUGCUGGAUGAGUAUAGGCAGACUGGGAACAUGUCAAAAGUAUGGCUCUAUGUUUUGGUCUGCGGGCUCAACUAUUUGCAUUCUGGGAGAUACGGGAAAGUGGAUGUAGCACCGCCAACCCAAAUUCAGUCGCAUGUGCUGGGUUAUUUGGAGGAUCGUGUUAGAUUAUUCCUUGAGCACGAAUUCCAAGUGGAACAGUUCCUUUGGUCGAAGUUUCUUCAGACCCGAAGUUUGAGCUACAGCGGAGAAGAGGUCCGCACAGCUCGCUGGACAUCUUGGGCGCACGUUAAACCGGCUUUGCCCUACGGGGCCAUCGGCAAGGUUCCCGCCAUCAGCUUAGCCGAAGGAGGUGUUCUAGAUGCACUCCAAAAUCCGGAGCGGUACCUGAAAGCAAACUGGGAUGAGCAUGAGAUUCGGAGUUCAAGGGUCAUGGUUGAGGAGCGAGACUGGCCAGAGUUAGCUCGUGGUCAAGUCGAGUACAAUUUGGUGGCUGUCAUCCCAGAGAGCGCGGUCGCAAGAGCAGGGGGGCGUUUGGUUCAGAAUGGAUUGUUUGGGAUUGAGAAAGGAGAGCUGCACGAGGGCACUGAAACUCAUCGCUUAAUCAUGAAUCUGGUGCCGUUCAAUUCUCUAUGCGUCAGUGUGGAGGGGGAUGUCGGGACACUCGCUUUGAUGCACCAGAUGAACGCGUUGCAGUUGCACCCUCACGAAGAAAUGGUCAUUUCCAGUGAAGAUGUUCGCUGUUUCUUCUACGUAUUCUCCUUGCCCACAUCCUGGUUACCAUACCUUACGUUUUCCAAGCCAGUACCCCCAGACUUGGUCCCCCCGGGAGUGACCGAACGAUUGGUCACGGCCAGUGAUGCAUCCAUGCUAGGCGGAGGCGUGUGUGCUAGCGACAGCGUGUCGGCUUAUGGGGCCUCAGAUGUCACUGAGAGGUGUAAGGAAUGGGCGGGACUCGCAUCGAACGCCCGAUUGGUGCUGGUAGGUACUGGUCAGAUCUUGUUGUACCCUCCUUCAGACACAUCUCCGACGAGCUACGGGGAGGUGAAGUUCAACAUCGAACUGGAUGCCAAAGGGUGGGAGAUGGAUCGUCAUCGUUUUCCGCCAUACCAAUAUCAAGACUGCAAUAUGCUCUGGCACUCCUCACAAACGCCUCGUCUGGCUUCCAUUUCCGAACGCGAAAGAGCUAUGGGAUACCCCAUUGGCUACACGGCAAACAGUCUCCCCAAAGGCGAGGUCAAAAGCAACCCACAACAUCAUGAGGACGUCCGCAUGGCUUUGAUUGGAAACGCUUGGCAUGUUGCAGUCGUCGCUUUUCUUUUGAUGCAGUUGUUGGCCCCUCUGGAGUUGUGCAUGGUGUGCACUUUGGACGGACUCAUUGCUACUCUGUAUCGUGAUCUUCCUGUUCACGGGGAUUGUCUGCUUGCAUGGCACAGUCUGGGACGGACAUUUCGAAACGACUCUCCGGUCGCUGAGCAGCUAGCUCAGAAACUCAUGACACUCAUGUCAGCUAAAGGGGAGGAUGUCAUGUUGCAGGUGUCAGGAGAAGCACGAGUACAGCAGCGUUUCCGCAACAGCAUUCCAGCCAACCUAUGGGCUUGGCGUGAAAUAUGGCUCCAUCCGUUUGUCACCUACGUCUCCACCGACUCCAACCCAGCGGACAGACCUUUGCGAGCCAACACCGUCUCACCCAAGACACGCCAGCGAUACCACUCAGCCUUACAAGCUUUUUAUCUUUACUGCCAGUUUCGCAAGAAACGCAUCCCGGAUGAUGCCUUUUCCCUCGACUCUUUGUUUGCGGAGUUCAUGGAACACUUGUGGGAGGAAGGUGAAGGGUUGUCCUUGGCCACAGACGGGCUUUCCGGAUUGCAAGACAUGCGUCCACAUUUGAAGGGAAACCUUAGCCUGUCGUGGCGGCUAGUCAAAACCUGGCAACGUCGUGAGAUGCCUAGGCGAGCGCCACCUCUCCCUGAAGAUUUGCUGCAUGCGCUUUGUGGUUAUUUCUUGAGCUUGAAUCUUCCAAACAUGGCCCUCGCUCUUGAAGUUGCCUUUUAUGGGGUUCUCAGAACCGGAGAACUUUUGAACUUGAGAGCCAACCAUAUCAGUGUAUCCCAGGCGCUUGAUUGUGCAGUGUUCAACCUGGGAGAAAAAAAAACUUCUCAGCGCUCUGGGGCGAGUGACUCUGUCACUUUGCAAGUGAAGCCGGUCUGCAUCCGCUUGAGGCAGUGGCAAGAGCGUUCAAGCUCUCAUGCUUUCUUGGCAUCUUGGCCGAUUUCUCCGCCAGAGCUGCCGGCUCUAGUUUUGCGGCACCACGGGAUUUACAACUUCUAUGCCUUUGGACGGGGCCGUAAGCUGCUCUGCCGCGAGGAGAUGCACGGGAGUGGAAUCGAACUCGCCCUUGCCGAGACAUUGCAGAGGUACAAGCUACACUCCUUCGAGACCAUCUCCGGGUACCGCUUCGUACUGACCACAGACCCUGCGGUGCCGGACCAACAGGAAUGUCUCAGACAAAUCUAUGCAGACAUUUUCGUGGAGCACGUGAUCAAGAAUCCGCUGUACCGUCUCGGGGACGACCUGGCAAAAUGCCCGGUUUUCCUCUCGAAGUUGCACAGCUUCCUCAUGCCAUGA